CGCGCACCGACGACCUACCCUAACUCCGCAACCACCGCUCCUUUGCUACACGCACCCAGAAGCCUACGUCAACCCCGUUUCAGCCUCACCCUCGGUCCACGUUACCAAGUUGGAGUCAUCGCAGGCUGCCACCGCCAUGACGUGGAAAAGUCACUCGACGAGUUCGUCAAAGGCCAGCUCGCUUUUCGGUCUCGACGAGGACGACAAGUCUAACAUACUCGUCUAUCGAUACCGCUCAGGCGGCAAGGCCCUGGAAGUCUCGACCCAACAUGAUCUGUGCAAAUCCCUAGACUCGGAUCCGAACCUCCCAUUCAUUCGCGUGACCAAGAAGAAGAUCCCGCGAGGCAACAGUCGCCUGGAUAUCCGCAUGGAGGAUCUCUUAUCGCCCGACGAUGUGGAAAAACAUAAGGACAAGAUCAUUCCCGACUGGUCGGUUGCAAACGUCGGACUGCCCUCAGGCCCAUACUGGAAGCGUCUGCUCUUCGACAGCUACCCUGAGUUGUAUAUCGUCUCGAAAUCGGCAACCGCUACGCCCGAAGGCUCGCAGAACAAUUCUCCGGAGAACUCGCAACAUGUGACUCCUUCGACAACGUUUCCGCUCGAGCAUCACUCCCAGCCGCGAUCUGCCUGACGUCUUUCUGGUCCACGCGGAUGAACCCCAAGUGGUCCGCCCGACUUCUGCCUACCUGGGAUGCAACCGGCUACCUCAAAAGCGAUCAGCCUACGCCACCUCUUGCGACGGUAAUGCACCCUACACGACGCUACGACUCUUUCCCUCUUCAUACGUUCCUUGGCGAUACCCAGCAAGCUCAGAAAAAGGCACGGAACUGGAGUUCGCGGCGUUCAUGGAGGAUAUUCUACGGUUUGAUGGUCAUUGGAUUUGGGUCUGGGGUUAGAGAAACUCUCUGAACACUGGCGUUCCUUUGGUUUCGCGAUGGAGUAAACCUCUCGCAUGUGACAGUGAGUCCACCUACCUAUGGAGGACCAAAUGAUAUUGCACCAUUCUUUGCAACCGAAAUCACCGAUACAACGCGUGAAUAUCUGCUGGUGAUGGUGUGCUUUCCU